AUGAAGGAGCGAGAGCUUUCUUGCAUCACCACUCUAAACUCUCGCCAUACCGUCCUCUUCCAGCUUCUGCUCGUCAUCGUCGACACGAUUCUCUCCAUCUCCUCGCAUCAUCUUCGACUCCUGAGCGCUAGCCGCCUAUCUACAACACUCCUCACCCUUCGAGACCUGGACGCCGGAACGCCACGCCCUCCCCCCAGUCGACAACCACCCGUCAAUUACCUCAUACCAACCGAAUCCCGAAACACGCCCCGGCAGCUGUGGCGGUCAUCGCCAGGCACAUCGCCCACACGGCAACGCCCAACCGACGAGCUGCUCGCGACCCUCACCCCGACUGCUGCUAUAGAAGCUCUCCGCAACCCCACGGGGACGCUGAAGCAAUGUCUUGACGCAGCUACCCUCUCGGACCAGUCCUUCGCCAUGGCAGCGGCGAUAGCGUCUAAAAAGAUUCAAGACUGGCUAGAUGAGCUCUCAUCGUGGCAAUGGCCCUCGGGCUCCGGCUCGGCAGGCUUCGAUCCGUCCUCGCCAAAGGGACGGGGGCGGACAGGACACAGUCGGUGGGAUUCGAUAACCUCCGAGGACCUCGAGGCUGUGGACAGCAAUCCUGCCAGCGACAAUGCCUGGCUGGGCUGUCUCCAGGCUCAAGAGGUGGCCAGUUACGAGCGGCGCAUUGCAGAGAUCCAGCGGGAAUUGGACGAGAUCGACAUCGAGACGAUAAAGAGACAUGUGCUGCACAACCACAUCCUGCCGCUCUCGAGACCUGGGACUCCCAUGUCUGACUGCGGCCGGUCGAUAUCAUCAGCAUCCAUGUUCUACAAUAGGAUGGACGACGUGACUGCGCUGCUCACGGCCACGGUUGUGCAGGCGCUCCCGAACCUGUCAAAACUGAUGCGUCUGAUGAACACAUGGAGCGUCCGGCUUCUGCUUCUGCGGAAGGUCCCUUCUACCAUUGCCUUCCUCGACGAUGCGGAGGUCGCUCUGCGGUCAGGCUGGAACGCGGUCGAUUUGGGCAAGCGUAGGAGCGCCGCCUCGACGUCUCCCGACAGCCCCACGACCGGUACGCUGCCAGCCCUCUCUCACAAAGACUUUGGCGUCAUGAAGCUUGUGCUCGACCAGAAGAUCUCGACGGCCGCUCGUGCUAUCGAUUUCAUGCUCGAUACGCUGGACGGUAGGCCAGAGACCAUCCCAGACGAGUGGGUCGACCGGAUGGACAAGCUGGAGAAGAACUACGCCGAAUGGGUCGCGGUCUGCGAGAGGGUGCUGAGGGAGACUGAAUGGGCGAUGGCCAAUGGCACCCAGAUGGCGCAACACACGCCAAGUCACAGCCCCAAGCGCGCGGCACAACCGUCUUCUACGGCAUCUUCCCCCGUCUCGUUGGCGUCGGUCGUCCGGCACGACGUGCCGGCAAGCCCGUCCGUUUCGGAGGGGUCAAUGGGAUCGCCUGGUUUGGACAGGGAAUCACUGUCGCCCGAGCACGAGAGGGUGAUGGGGUCGGCAUUUUCCGAUAGGUCGUCGAGCUCUGGCUCGGAAAUGACGGCGACUGCGACCAUGAGGUCGGUGAGCAUGAGCAGCAAUCGAACGGUAACUGCCCCGUUGCCGAGGACGCGCAGCAGAGAAGUGAGGGCGGCGAUGGAGCUCAGCCCCCCGGGCUCGCCUUCGUUGACGCCAUCCCUGAUGCCUCGCGACCCCAAGUCCCGGUCCGUCUCCUUCAGCGGGAUGCCCGUUGUGCCGGAGAGCGAUGUGCUGGAUGAGGACAUUCCCCCCAAGUCGUCGCUCGAGCCAUCCCCCAUGGGGGACAAGAAAUCGGAGCAGCGCCGCGGCCACACCAGGAGUCCGUCGGACAGAAGCGACGACGAUCAACUCCAGCAGCAAAUCAGCGAGAUUCUGGAGUCGAUCCCGGCUAAGAUCCAUCUAUCGUCGCAGCCGACGCCGGUGAACCACCUCAACCCUCCCGAUCUCCAGCUCCCCCACCUCAAGCGCAAGUCGUCGGCCCAGUUCGACCGCAGCCAGCAGACGCGCAGCCACUCCAGUCUGUCGGCAUCGUCGCGUGCGGGAUCGCGAGCUGGGACACCCUCGUUUCUCCUCGCGCCUGCGUACACGCGCAACACCAGGUCUCGGGCUCAACGGUCCAACCAGGACAUCAAGCUCUACCAUCUGUCACGUUCAAGCGGGGAGGCUCCGAUAAAGUUGUUCAUCCGCUGCGUCGGCGAUAAUGGGGAGCGGGUCAUGGUCCGCGUUGGAGGCGGUUGGGCUGAUCUGGGAGAGUACCUCAAGGAGUACGCCAUCCACCAUGGACGCCGGUCCAAGGUUGCUGGCGAAACCACCAAAAUUGAGAUUCAGGAUCUCCCAGGCAUGCCAUCCAAGAUCACCUCGAGCCCAGCCAGCCGGCCCGCAUCGGCCAUGGACUCGCCCAUCACGCCUCUCAACGUGCGCAAGACACGACGCAGCUUCGGCCCCGACGACGCCAUUCGCCAUCACUUGCCCCUGGCGGCGCAGCUGCCAAGGACACCCGUGCCUCUCGUGCCUGUUCCGGGACCCGAAGGCGACAGUGCCGACACGCCUCCGUCGGGCGUCUCGACCCGAUCCAGGUCCAGCUCCCGUCUCAGCUGGACCGAGGAGGACAGCUCGCUUGGCAUGUCGGGCCCGCGGUCCAAGAACGUCGAGAUGAGCGACGAGAGCAGGGCAUGGGUCGCCAGCGUCAAGGAGAAGGUGCGCAUCGCUAGCGGCGAUCGCAGGGUUCCUUCCAUGGGCACGCCCCCGCCCGAGAUCUUUGGCGAGAUGGGCAAGGUUGGCGGAACCAAGCGUCUUUUCAGGAGGGGCUAG